GCCCGCCCAAUAAAGGAUGAGUCAACCACUUCAGUCGGCAUAGGAGAAAUACAAACCUCUCCUGAUUCGGAGCGCUUUGUAGUGGUUGUUCAACGUAUUGAUGAUCUUGUAAGCGACGGAGGCGAAAUACUUGCGGAAAGAAUCUCAGCUGUUAUUAUUAACUUUGACCUAAAGGACGAAAGCUUAUUAAUUAAUAAUGUCUUAGUUCCGUUGAAUGCCACCUCCAUUCAGGUGCUUCAAGCUGAGCUUGUUCCCGCCAAUAUAACGCAAGAACAACUUCAAAAAUAUGAAGACAGUUUUGAUAUUGGCAUGGUAACUGUUGAGGUUAACGCAGUCGCCAAUUCAUAUCCUACUGAUGAUCCAAGAAUCUCUCUCCGUCGUAUCAUAAUUGCUAUUCGCAUAACAGAAAUCGAUGGUGUAACUGUUGUUCAAAACGAUGUUGUCGAGAAGAUUCUUGAAGCAAAGAUUACUGAUAAUGGCAGUACAACUCCUGCAUCAGAUAUGACUUCUAAUGUGAACAGUGCAAUUUCUGGAACUUCCGCAACGGACAGUCCUUGUGAUUUAAGUACCGUAUUCGCUCGAAUCCGUCAUUGGUGGUGUUGUUCAUCCAAGAUCACUCGUGUAGCUGUCGUCUCUUUAUUACUUACAUCAGUAUGUGGUAUCUUGUUUAUGAUCAUUCCUGCGUCCAUGCAAGGUCUCGUUAAGAAGAGACUUGGUGCUUUGAGACGACCUUACCAAGCUGUUUCGGAUCAUCAUGAUGACGAAGAAGAUGUAAAAGUUGAACAAGUUAUUUUCAUCGCUGACGAGGAAAAACGGAUGUUGAUGGAGAAACAUGAAAAAGAGGAGGAUCAUGAAUAG